GAUGGUUGAAUGAUUCAAAGCUUGCGACGGCAUUAAACAUUGAACUCUUCCCAAGCCACUGACUGGACUAGUAUCAGAGGCCUUCUGCUAAUCAUUAAGAAUAAUAAAAAGUGAAGUCAACCAGCGUCACGUAAACUACCUGCCUCUCUUCUAUGGAGUGAGGGCCCAGUAGAGCAACCGCUUGGACAGUGUUAGCAAGCAUGGACAAGAAAGAGAGCAGACCGACAUGGAGCAGCCAGAUAGAGUUCACCUUAGCGGGCAUUGGCUCCGCCGUGGGGCUUGGCAACAUUUGGAGGUUCCCUUACCUCUGCUUCAGGAGUGGGGGAGGUGCAUUUCUGGUACCUUACUUUCUUAUGCUGGUUGUGUUGGGGAUCCCUCUGCUCCAUAUGGAGUUGACGAUUGGACAAUAUACAAAAAGAGGUCCUAUCCAUGCUCUUGCUCAACUCUGCCCACUUUUAAAAGGUGUCGGAAUAGCAUCCGUGGCCAUUUCCUUCAUCAUGUGCACGUACUACAACGUGGUCAUUACUUGGGCCCUGUACUACCUGUUCAGCUCCUUCCAAGUGCCGCUUCCCUGGCAGGGUUGCAACAACACAUGGAACACUCCGAACUGUACAGAUCAGGCCACAAAUGGCAACUAUACAUCUCCAGCCAGCCAGGAAUUCUUUAAAUAUAAGAUGCUGCAGCAAACAGGGGGAAUCGAGGACGCCGCAGCGAUACGGUGGGACCUUUUCCUUAUCCUCGUGCUGGCUUGGAUCCUCAUCUAUCUUUGCAUCUUCAAGGGAACCAAAUCCACAGGCAAAGUGGUGUACCUCACAGCGUUGCUCCCUUAUGUUAUCCUCAUUGCCCUGCUGGUCAAUAAUGUGCAGCUUCCCGGGGCAAUUCAGGGUAUAACCUUCUUCAUUGUGCCAGAAUGGGACAAGCUACUCUCAGUGGAAGUUUGGGUGAACGCUGCAGCCCAGAUCUUCAACUCCAUCGGCAUAGGAUUUGGUUUCCUCAUGGCCAUGGCCAGCUAUAACACUUUCAACAACAACAUUAUAAAGGACACACUGACGAUAUCCAUCGUCAACUCCCUCACCAGUAUUCUGUCAGGAUUUGUCAUAUUCUCGGCUUUCGGCUACAUGUCUCAUCUGCAGGGCAUUCCGGUGGCCCAGUUGGCUGUGGAUGGUCCAGGACUUGUAUAUGUUGUUUAUCCACAAGCCUUUACCAGUAUGCCACUACCUCAACUGUGGGCCGUGUUGUUCUUCUCUAUGCUGCUUUUCCUCGGAAUUGACAGCGAGUUUGCCAUGGUUGAAGUGAUGGUGACCAGUCUGAUGGAUCAAUCCGAUCAGCGUCUGCGGAAGUUCUUCAAGAAGAAAGAGCUGUUAGUUCUUGCAGUUUGUGGAAUCGCGUGUCUUCUUGGAAUCCCGAAUGUGACACAGGCGGGGAUUUAUGUUUUCCAGCUGAUGGAUCAUUACACUGCCAUCGUGUCCAUCAUGUUCCUUGCAUUUUUUGAGGUGAUAGGCAUUUGCUGGCUUUAUGGUGUGAAUCGAUUAUCCGACAACCUGGAAGAGAUGACGAGUAAAAGGCCCAGCAUCUUCUUCAGACUGUGUUGGCAAAUCAUCGCCCCUUUUCUGGUCACUGUUAUCCUCAUUUUUUCCAUUAUCCAGUUCAAGCCAGCUCGCUACGAAGACUACGUCUUCCCUCCCUGGGCUCAAGGGCUUGGCUGGGUCAUUGCACUGGCCUCCAUCAUUUGGAUUCCGCUGGCAACCAUUCACACUUUGUGGGUGCUGCCUGGCUCCUUUGUGCAGAAACUCAAGUUGUCCAUCACACCAUACGCCCUGAAUGAUAAGUCCAAAAUGCCGUACUAUGAAAGGGGAGGAAGUGAUAGAAACCCAACCGUCACCGCAAUCUGCAACAGCAUCCGGCUACAAUAAAACCUGC